AUGUAUCCAGGAAAGAACACGACUCUCAGCGAACAGGCCUGUACUCUGCAGGAUCGUCUGUCAGACAUGGAAUCCGAGUUGAAAGAGACCUACGGUUGGCUGAGACCUUCAGAGCACCCGGCUGAUGUCCAUCAUAAAUUUGAUCCCAACACCAAUCCUUACAAACUGUUAGAGCUACAAGAACAGAAGCUGGCAGAAUCUCGCGAUUUCAUCGAGGAUCUGAGCGUCGAAAUUGGUGAUCUCAAGAAGGAUAGAGUGCGUUUGCGUGAACAGGUUGACCGACUCGAUUCGAUGUACAAACGGUUUGAAAAAGAGGCUACAGACAAAGGUCACCAGCUGCAGCGUUACCAGGACUUCUUCCAGAAACUUUUUGAGCCGAAAGAAGCUGCCGCAUUUGCUGAGAUGCGAACAGCUUCCUUAUAG